GAAGCACGUUCAUAAGAAAAGAAAAACCAACACAAGGACCACUCAUAACAGAGAUUGUGUACAGUUUCUUUGUUUUUUUCCUUUUACAGCUUAACUACAUUCACAAAUAAUCCACACAUGUCACUAUAAUAAUAAUAAACUUGAAAGGGAAUAAUCAUUCCCUCUUUUUUACUUCAAUUUGCAUGAUUGCUCUCUUUUAUCUUAUUCACUUCACUCUUAAGUUUGAAACUAUUUCUUGCACAUAAAUUGUUUGAUAUAUUGCUUGUUUAGUAAGAAAAGAAAAAAGAGGGAAUUUUUUUUGAUGGGUUUUGUUGUUGAUUCACAAGAGGGUAGUGGUAGUAGUAAUUAUGGAGGACAAGGUUCUUCAUCUUGUUCAUGGAAGUUCUUAACUAGAAGGAAGAAAGUUGAUUCUAAUGUUACCAACAAUAAUGAUAAUUCUCAUCAUGGAGAACAACUUGCUAAGGAGUUAACUGUUCCUCAUCUCAUGGCAAUUGGUGUCGGUGCAACAAUUGGUGCAGGUGUGUAUGUUCUAGUAGGAACUGUGGCUAGGGAACAUGCUGGACCUGCUUUACCACUUUCAUUUCUGGUUGCUGGAUUAGCAGCUACUCUUUCAGCUCUUUGUUAUGCUGAGUUGGCUAGUCGAUUUCCUUCUGCUGGAAGUGCUUAUCACUAUGCUUACAUAUGUCUUGGUGAAGGUGUUGCCUGGUUGAUUGGUUGGUCUUUAAUAUUGGAAUAUGGGAUUGGUGGAGCUGCUGUUGCCCGUGGCAUAACCCCUAAUUUGGCUGCACUUAUUGGAGGUGUGGACAACUUGCCAGGAAUUUUAUCUUAUCAACAUAUUCCUGGAAUUGAUAUUGUUGUAGACCCACUUGCAGCAAUUAUGGUAUUCAUUGUAACUUGGAUCCUCUGUACUGGGAUCAAAGAGAGUACAAUGGUACAAAGUAUAGUCACAUCAGUGAAUAUAUGUGCUUUGAUGUUUAUCAUAGUAGCCGGUGGUUACCUAGGAUUCAAAUCUGGAUGGGUUGGAUAUAAACUCUCAACAGGGUAUUUUCCAUUUGGGGUAGAUGGAAUGGUUGCCGGUUCUGCAACAGUUUUUUUUGCAUACAUAGGUUUUGAUGCAGUUGCCAGCACUGCUGAAGAGGUGAAAAAUCCUCAAAGAGAUUUGCCAGUAGGAAUUGCUGGUUCAUUGUCUCUAUGUUGUGGAUUGUAUAUGAUAGUUUCAAUUGUUGUUGUUGGUUUAGUACCUUACUAUGAUAUCAAUCCAGACACCCCCAUAUCCUCUGCAUUUGCUGACAAUGGAAUGCAAUGGGCAGCAUACAUUAUAAAUACUGGGGCUAUUACAGCACUAUGUGCAUCAUUGCUUGGUGGAAUGUUGCCUCAGCCAAGAAUUUUGAUGGCCAUGGCAAGGGAUGGACUUCUGCCGCCAUUUUUUUCUGACAUAAAUAAGCACAGCCAUGUUCCUGUAAAGAGUACAUUAGUAACUGGCCUUGUUGCCGCAGUCUUAGCAUUUUUCAUGGAUGUCUCUCAACUGGCUGGGAUGGUUAGUGUAGGUACUCUUCUUGCAUUUACCAUAGCAGCAAUAUCUGUGUUGAUAGUAAGAUAUAUACCACCAAUUGAGGUUCCAUUACCGCCAUCUCUAAAAGAACCGAUUGAUUCAGAGUCAAUGGAGUAUGGUUGGAGCCAUUUAGAAACAAAUGAAAAAGAUGCAAUGCAAAAACCCUUAGUUGUUAAAAAUCUUGCAAUAGACAAAUAUGUACAUAAUGGUAAUAGGAAAAAAAUUGUUGGCUGUGUAAUAGCAUUCAUAUGCUUAGGUGUAUUUAUUCUUACAUUUGCAGCAUCGUCUACACAUCUUCUCAGUUCUGUUAGAUUUACAUUAUGUGGAGUUGGUGGCAUUGUUCUUUUGUCUGGCCUUGUCUUCCUAACAUGUAUAGAUCAAGAUGUAGCAAGACAUAACUUUGGAAACUCUGAAGGUUUCACAUGUCCAUUGGUUCCUUUGCUUCCUAUAACUUGCAUUCUUAUCAAUUCCUAUUUACUUAUUAGUCUUGGGGGUGCUACUUGGGUGAGAGUUUCUGUAUGGCUAGCAUUAGGAGUUAUUAUUUAUGUAUUCUAUGGUCGAACCCAUAGCUCUCUAAAAGAUGCAGUUUAUUUGAAGGCUAUUCAAGUUGAUGAUACUAUUUACACCCCCACAAGCUUCCUUACUUAAUUAUAUACAAGCUUAUUUGUAUCCCAAGUGAAAGAGAAAAUAUUUGCCACUUCAUUAGUGGAUAGGUAAUCAUUGUAUAGGAAAUGCAAAAUAUUUAUGGUUUAUAGAAGAUCAUAGUCAUAGCUUCUUCAUUUUAUUGUGAAGAAGAAUUUGAUCAUGUGAAUUAUUGUAUUUUAUUUGUUGAUUUUUCAAUCAACAAUUUUUUCUUUUUGAAAUUUUUUCAAUCAACUGUUUAAAAUUGUUGAUAUAUAUAUUUAUAUGUAUAAUUAACAUUGAAGAUUUAAAAAUUUGCUAUAAUGAGUUUGUUUUAUAGAA